AUGUCUCGCCUGAUAUCUCCCAGCUGCCCCAGCGUGCGCGCACUCAAUGCGCGCCCUGUUCAUAUCCUCCUCCUCGUACCACGCCGCCGCCGCCUCCUCCUCGCCGUCGUGCUCUCCCAGCUCGGCGCGCUCUCGUGCCAGACCCUCCGCGGCUCCGUCACAUGCCUCGACUGCCCCGCGGGCCACCGUCCCUCCGGUGUGGUCGUGGCGGUGGAGUGCAGCGGCGUCGACGGCGGCAGCACGCGCCCGCGCGCUGUGGCGCAGACGGACGGCGGCGGCAACUUCGGCGUGGCCGUGCCGGAGCCGGUGCCGGCCUCGCGGUGCGCCGCGAGGGUCCUCGGCGACACGCGGGAGCAGCUCUGCGCGCCGCGGAGGCUCACCGUCGCGCGUGUCGUCGUUGCCGGGUGGGCUGGCUCGUACGCGCUGGGAUCCCGACUCGCCGUCUUCACGAGGUGCGGAGGAACCGUCGCGACCAUGUCCGCCGGCGGCAGCGACCAGAGGUCACCCCCGAGGCCUGCAUCACGGCCCAGCCUGCCGCCGCGCUUUGGACGGAGCAGCCCACCCUACGGCCUGGGCAUCCCUCUCAUCUACGUCUUCCCUUUCAUCCCAAUCAUUGGCAUCCCCUAAAAUGAACGUACCCGCCGUAUGCGGCCUGAGUAUUUUUGUUACCUUCUUUCGGCCAAGUUUGCAGUAAUCUGUAGCCAUCCAUGUCAGUGAGGCCACCUUAUGGAACAACGACCAAUAAUGUGAGAGUAUUUGUUCUACUCCCUCCGUUCCUAAAUAUAAGACCUUUUAAAGAUUA